AUGACCCCAGCAUCUUCCCCGUUCUCAAAUGAUAUUGUUAUGGAGGAGAUCUCUAAAGUUAGGCUACCAGCGCACUUAACAUACAGCGGAAUCACGGAUCCGAGGGAUCACGUUAUCUCCUACGAGCAGCAAAUGUUACUAAGCCCAUACUCCGAGGCCUGUUGGUGCAAAUAUUUCCCAACCACGCUAACGGGAGUUGCAGGGGAAUGGUUCAGGUCGCUGCCGAAGGGAUCGAUCAAAAGCUGGAAGAAGCUGAAGAAGAGGUUAUGCGUACAAUUCGUGAGCAAUAAUUGCCCCGAACGAACGACCGCAGAGCUAACCUCCACACAACAGGAAAGAGACGAGAGUCUACGAGACUUCAUGGCCAGAUUCAUGAAAGAAUCAACCAACAUCCCGAACCUGCAGCCAAACGUAGCAAUCUUCGCCUUGAAGCACGCACUUCGGGAGGGGAAAUUCCUGGAUAAAUUGUCAAUGAAAAACCCCUCCAGAAUAGCUGACGUAGUUCAAAUGGCGGAUGCAUUCAUCAGAACGGAAGAGUUCAACAAGGCAGCAGCAAGGCUGAAAGGUCCCUCGGAUACAAGGGACACAAAAAUGAAUCAGAGUAAGCCCGAGGGCAACUCGAGAAAGGGAAAGAGAAGGUGGGGGCAAGAGAUGCAAGCCCAAAGAAGGAUGGGAGAAAGGGUGAACUUCAACCCAAGUACACUAACUACACCCCACUCACCAUACCCCGAAGAGAAAUCUUCAGCCUCCACAAGGAUGAUGGGAAAUGGAAGCUACCAGACAAGCUCAGAUCAAACCCCCUUCGCAGAAAUAAAAACAAGUGGUGAUAACAUCGAGGAUCUCAUCCGCCGAGGCUACCUAAAGCAAUACUUGCUUGACCGAAGAACGGAGAGGGAAGAGAAAGAAAAAGCAACGUCUGGAAAACCACAAGAACAGGCCCAGAGAAGAGUCCAUGAGACCGAAGGGCAAAAGAAAAAACCAAUUCUCGUGGUGUUCCGAGGACAAAGAUUCGGCCACGCCAGCAAGCAACACUUGAGAGCUCUCUUCCACCGAGUCAACUUCAGCACUGUAGGGGAGAACCAACCCACACCCCCGAACAUGACUUUUACUGCUGAUGAUUGCCUCGGAACCCAGUAUAAACACGACGACCCAUUGGUAAUUGAAAUGGAUCUCAACAACCACAACGUCCACAGAGUACUAGCUGGUUGA